GUAUCAGGCAACAGCAUAUCAACGAUGCUCCUUCCACAGGAUCUUUUCCUAACUGGAGAUCRAUUCUAUCACCAACACGGCCUUCCACAGAAACCAAGACUCCCUCAGCMGCUGACAUUUCUCUGGGACAGACUUUGGAGAACGCAGACUUGCUCCAGAUGAUAAAAACGACGCUGACUGGCGCACGCAGCAGGACUUUGGAUCARAUGCACCUCCUGUCACCCUCUCUGUACCAAGGCAGCGGGCACAGCGCGCCCCARGAACCCGCCGAGGUUUCGGCUGAGUCCCCACUGAGGCCGUCACCCCAAGAUGCAGAGGACACAGCUGCUCUGACAGCAUCAGCGAAAACAACUAUGCUUCCCCUUUAUCCCGUGGAAUUCACCCCUGCUCCUCCYGAAAGCACAGCAGCAGCCGCUUUCGCUAACAUGACAGCAGCUCCCUCCCUGGAGUGCCGCCUCUCUGCCAGCAUGAUGCUCAAAACAGUUCUGUUUCUGAGCACGAGGAGGAUGAUGAUCAGCAACGCCUUCAGGGAGAGUGUGAGAAAAGGACUCAACCAAGUGCUGAGACAAGCUUUCAACCAGAAUGUCAGYGCUCAGGUUGAAAUCCUGGAGCAAUCGAGUAACCUGACGGUGGGUUAUUAUGUCACGAGGGGGAGGAUGGUUUUCACGCCCGCUGCUGUCGUUGAGAAGCUGCUUGCCUAUGGCAUCACCAACGCCACGGUGGCCAUGAGGCAGCACGUGCCACAUCUGCAGGCUGUGGUKGCCCUGGCACUGCCCUGGCAGCCCCUUCCAGCCGACCACUUCCAGCUGAAAACGGAGCUGCAGUUUGUGGGUCAAACAGACAAUAUUCASUCAUGCAAAUUUGUCCAGACCAUGGAACAGCGGCUCCAGAGAGCAUUUCAGGAUGCUGAAAGAAAGGUCCUAAACACCAGCAACAACUUAACUGUUCAGAUUUUGAACACCUCCAAUGUCUCCCAAGCUGUCACUCUGUUUUAUGUAGUGAAAAAUCAAAGCACAACCCUAAAUGGCACYAUUUCCAGCAACCUUCUUAAUCAGCUGUCAGCUGAGCUGGUGGGUUUCUACCUCACCUACCCACCUCUCACCAUUGCUGAAUCUUUGGAGUAUCCAAACCUUGAUGUCUCAGAAUCAACUAGAGACUACUGGGUGAUAACAGUCAUCCAAGGGGUUGACAUGGCUUUGCUGGGGCUGAACAACCAGAGCUUUGCCCGGCUGAUGGAGCAGCGCUUGGCGCCGCUGUUCAUGAUGUCCCACCAGCAAGGGAGACGCUUCAAACGGGCCACCACCGUGGGCAGCUACACCGUGCAGAUGGUGAAAAUUCAACGUAUCCCAGGACCCAAGGAGCCAGCUGAACUGACAUAUUAYACUUUAUACAACGGGAAGCCUUUGYUAGGCACUGCAGCUGCCAAAAUUUUGAGUACGGUUGACUCCCAGCGGAUGGCCUUGACCCUGGGCUAUGUCAUCCAAGUGCAAGCUGAUCCUGUGGUGAAGAACCCCCCAAACAACCUGUGGAUCAUCGCAGCGGUGCUGGCUCCCAUYGCCGUGGUCACCGUCAUCAUCAUCAUCAUCACCGCCGUGCUGUGCAGGAAGAACAAGAACGACUUCAAACCCGACACCGUCAUGAACCUUCCCCAGAGGGCCAAGCCAGUGCAAGGUUUUGAUUAUGCCAAGCAGCACUUGGGUCAGCAGGGAGCAGAGGAUGAGGUUUUGCCUGUGACYCAGGAGACAGUCAUACUCCCAAUUCCAGUCAGAGAUGCUCCCCCCUCCCAGGAGAGAGAGAAUAUCCAGGAUGGGAGCACCAUCAAAACUGCCCAGUCCAAUGAAACAAGGAAAAGCCGGUCCCCGAGUCAGAACGGCUCCAUCCUCAGCAAUGGGUCGGGGAAGCCCAGCUCCGAGCACAGCUCCCUGCAGAAGGUGAUGGCACCGCAGAAAGCGCCCAAAGAYGAAGGCAGGAAAAGGAACGUGGCCGUGAGCGACGAGGAGGAAGGAGGGAUUCUGUUUGAUAACGUGGCCAAGUCUGCCCUGGACCCCUUUGACACAUCCUCGGGAUCAGUGCAGCUCAUUGCCAUCAAACCCGUGCCCCUGCCCGCUGUCCAYGCUGCCUCAGAGAGGAGCCAGGAAUCUGCCAUCAUCAAUGGAGAGGUGAACAAGGCUUUGAAGCAGAAGUCUGACAUAGAGCACUACCGCAACAAGCUGCGCCUGAAAGCCAAGAGGAAGGGCUACUAUGAUUUCCCACAGGUGGAYAACAGCAAGGGGCUGACGGACAGGAAAAGGAUGUACGAGAAAAACCAGAAGGAGCUGGACCACAUCUUGGAUCCAGAUGCAGAUAUUUCAUCUCCGUUUGCUGAGCCUAAGAACAGGCAGCCGUUGAAGAACUCUGUGUACAGAAGCAGRCAGUCUCUGAACAGUCCCAGCCCAGGAGAAACAGAGAUGGAUCUUCUGGUGACCCGAGAGAGGCCCAGGAGAGGCAUCCGGAACAGUGGAUAUGAUACCGAGCCUGAAAUCAUCGAAGAAACCAACGUGGACCGUGUGAACGAGCCGCGGAAUUACGGCCGAUCCCGGCAGGCCAAGGGCCACUCGGAGACGUCGACGCUGAGCUCGCAGCCCUCCAUCGACGAGGUCCGCCAGCAGAUGCACAUGCUCCUGGAGGAAGCCUUCAGCCUGGCUUCUGCUGGCCACGGGGGCCAGGCCAGGCAGGACGCCUACGGUUCAGCCCCACACCUGCCCUACUCGGAGGUGGUGACCAGUGCCCCCGGCACCAUGAGCCGGCCGCGGGCGGGCGUGCAGUGGGUGCCAACCUACCGGCCAGAGAUGUACCAGUACAGCCUGCCCAGGCCUGCUUAUAGAUUYUCUCAGCUUCCUGAGAUGGUGAUGGGUUCUCCUCCUCCUCCUGUCCCUCCCAGAACGGGUCCUGUGGCUGUUGCCUCUCUCAGGAGGUCUACAUCAGAUAUUGGUAGCAAAGUGAGGAUACCUGAGUCCAGUGGAGCAGAUCAGRCCCAGCACCACGAUCAGACUCCUUUUGCCCCGGGUUCCAGAGCUCCCAUGUCUGUUGGUCCCCUCGAUCAAUCAGCUUUUCACUCAGGAAAUACCGUACCAGCAGUGUUUGCCAUUCCAGCCAACCGACCUGGCUUCACGGGUUAUUUCAUCCCCACUCCCCCCACGGGAUACAGGAACCAAGCCUGGGUGCCCUAUGCUGGAGAGAACGAGCUACCAGGCCAGUGGGCAGACUCUGUCCCUCUCCCUGGAUACAUCGAGGCUUACCCACGGCCCCGAUACCAACACAACUCUCCAUCCCGCCUGUCCAGGCAGUACAGCCAGCAGGGAUUGCAUCCCAGCCUGGAACAGGCACCCCUGGCAUCGGCCACCACGUCCCAGCAGAGCCUGACCGAGAACGAGCCCGCGGACACACCGCUCACCAACAUCUCCACCGCCGCCCUCGUCAAGGCCAUCAGGGAAGAGGUGGCCAAGCUGGCCAAGAAGCAAACAGAUAUGUUUGAGUUCCAGGUCUAAAAUCUUCCAUGCAUGGUGU